CCUUGGAUCUCCAACAUGACUGACGACUCCCAGCUUUGAAUUGUUAUUUCAUGGCAUCAGAGCCCUUCUACUCCUUCCCAGACAAUUGCCGUAUCCAUUGGGACUUCAUGCCCAAGGCCAAGCCAUGAGACUUCUCAAUACGGCCACAUUGCAGCUUGAAAGCUUCAUCAGCGAAGCGGCUCCGAAAUAUGCCAUCCUCUCCCACACGUGGCAAGAAGACGAGUUUCUCUUCGAAGACAUUUGCAAUGGUCGCAACGCACUCCAAAGAUGUGCCAAGACAGGCGCACGGAAAGUCAUGGCCAGCUGCAAGAAGGCUCGAGAGGCUGGCUACACCUACAUUUGGAUCGACACGUGUUGCAUCGACAAGUCCAGUAGUGCCGAGCUUUCCGAGGCCAUCAACAGCAUGUUUGCCUGGUACCGAGAUGCCACAGUCUGCUACGUCUACCUCGCAGAUUUCCAAGCCGCUCAAGGCGUCGACUCGGAGUCGUUCAGAGGAAGCCGCUGGUUCACCCGAGGUUGGACCUUGCAGGAGCUUCUCGCACCCCCAUAUAUCGAGUUCUACGACUGUGAAUGGAUCCUUGUCGGCGACGGAUUUGACUUGGCCGCAAGAACUAGCCACAUCACCGGCAUAGAAGUCAAGGCACUGCGUCGUCACCAUGACGCCAAGAACUCGUGCCGUGAUCAGAGAUUGGACAAGUCAGGAACCCAGUGUCUCAGGUGCGGAUCGUUCGUCAAAGUCCGCGACAUGCUUGACUCCUUCAGCAUCGCCACCAGGAUGUCAUGGGCUUCACAGCGGGCCACCACACGAACGGAAGACACAGCAUACUGCAUGCUGGGAAUAUUCAAUGUCAAUAUGCCGCUCUUGUAUGGCGAAGGUGAUGGAGCCUUUCGUAGGUUGCAAGAAGAGAUUAUCAAAUACUCUAAUGACCAGUCUAUUCUUACGUGGGAAUGGCCCGUAAAGUGGACUCGAGCACCUUCCUCUGCUUUAGCCGAACAUCCCAGAAGUUUUGGAACCCGGUACCGGCCUGUCACUGGUCUUCUGGAUAAUUACAGCAUGAUGAUGUCAGGUGGCAGCCACAUUGAGAUUGACGUGCUCCUUGGAGAGUGGACUUCGACGCACCAGAAUAUUGGAGGUCAAAUGGCUGUUUUUAACUGCAGUGCCAUCGAUGACCCGAUGAAAUGCCCCGUCAUAUUUCUAGAUGAGACAUCCAUCGGAUCCGGCCUUUACCACCGUAGUCACAUACUCGGUUACAAGAUAUUUGAGAUCUCACCUGACUCAACCGAGAUAAAUAUGAAAGAAGCUAAGGGGGUCGAUAAACACUUGCAAGGUGCUUAUUAUGCUGAACAGUUACUACACAGUUACUUUUGACCCGUCUAGACUGAAGAAGACGAGAGUCAGGUUUCAAAUAUCCUCUACCGCUCGGCUGACCUUAGAAACAACCCCUCCGGUACGAGUAAAACUCGUG